CAGACAUAACCUAAUCUAACCUAUGAAACUAAAAUUUUGAAAACAAAAAAAUAUGCCUCCGAAAAAAGGUGGAUCAAAGCCUGCCAAAGCCUCAAAGGGUGAAGAAUCAGGAGAUAAAGGAGGAGGAAAGGAAAAGAAAGGUGGUUCAUCUGUUAAAGUUAGACAUAUAUUGUGUGAAAAACAAGGCAAAUGUUUAGAAGCAUUAGAAAAACUGAAAGCCGGUCAAAAGUUUCCGGAAGUAGCUGCAACUUACAGUGAAGACAAGGCUAGGUCAGGUGGUGACUUAGGUUGGAUGAUACGAGGAUCAAUGGUAGGACCUUUUCAAGAUGCUGCAUUUGCAUUACCAAUUUCCACUGUGAAUAAUCCUAUUUAUACGGAUCCUCCUAUAAAGACAAAGUUCGGUUACCAUAUAAUUAUGGUAGAAGGAAAAAAAUAAGAGACUAAAUUUGCUGUUAUAUGAUGAAGUGAUAGUAAUCCUGUUUUACUUUUGUUAUAUUAAAAACAUUUUUUAUAUGACUAGCUUUUCUAAUCAUGAAAUUAUCUAUACAUACCUUAAGAUUGCUGUUCUGGGAAGGGGCCUGGCUUAUCCGCUCCUAGCGCCAGCCCUUCACUUAGACAUGGUAGAUUGGUAAGAGAAGUUAUUUUUAUAAAUACUUUUGAGAAUAUUUAGACUUUAAAAUACGUGGUCUUAAAGCAGGAAAGGGGGCACUAUUUAUGAUCAUUAAGAACAAGGCAUGGAAUAUAAUUGAUCAUGUUUUAUUGAACAAAGUACCUUUAUUUUUCGAUAAGUAAACAUGGUAUAAAUUGGACCACCCUGUAUACUGCCUAAACCAUCACAGAUGAUCGUUUAAGUUAAUCUAUGGUUAUACCAACUGAUCUUAGUUUAAAAACCAGGGCAACUAAAUUUUUUGGUUUAAUCUUAUUUUAUGCUUAAACUCAUUAAAUUAAGACGAUGCAGCAAGGUAUAAAUUAAAGUUACAUCAAACCUUCAAUGUUGUAAUAAAACAAAUUAAAUUUCAUUUGUACAAAUAAUUUAUUACCACAGAGAACUAAUACUAAUAGAAUAUAAUAAAUACUUAUAAUCUUAAUAUAAAUACGUAACUUUGUUUUGAAUAUGUCUUAUAAAAAGUUCUUUUUUGUUUCAUGGGAUAUAUAUAAUAAUUUAAAAUUUGUAAAUGUUAUUUGUUUUAACUUUUAGUUAAAUUAUAUAACAAAUUGUACGAAUAGCAAAUAGUUUUUAUUUUUCCAUUUAGUUAAUAUCAUUUUAAUUUACCCAAUUUUUUUAUUGUUUCAUUUUGUAUAAUGUAAAUUGAUUUCCAAUAAAAUGAAACAGGUGUUGUAAUCUAGCGAUAAAAAAGGAUAAGUAAAUAAAAUAACAAGAGUCAAAGCGAUGAAAUAAUUUAAAGUUAAAUCAACCACAUAUCGCUCAUUUACGAGAAAAACCGACAUAACUCAAAAAACUUCAAAUCGAGUUAAUAAAGUUUAAUGCAAAAAAUUAUCAACUGCGGAAGUGUCCUUGUUUCUUUAUAAAGAAUGUACUUUUUCAAUUAUGUUGGUACAAUAAUCUGAGAAUUGAUUUUUGAAUUGCGCUGGUAUUGUCGCAAAUGAGCGAUAUUUGAAAUAUUUUUAACGAUUUUAAAUUCAGUCAAAUUUAGCAUUUAGAUUAAUACAUUGGGAUU